UGUGGGCGGGGAGGCGGGUAUGGCUUAAUGAUUAAGGUGCUGAAGCCCCAAUAGCUCCAACAAAGGGUUAACGUGCAGCCUGUUUCUUGCUUCGUUUUUCAGUUGAUUUGACGGGCCAUUAUAAUUGUAACUGAAUAUUACAUGGUAGUUUGUGUGUUGACAAUUUUUUAUACAUGAUGUAGCUAGGUGAUUGACCACGGUAUCGUAGAUUUCUGGUCAACUGACUGCCUGUUGAGACUUUUAUUUUGAGUCCUAGCGUCCUAACGUUAACUAACGUUCUACGUUGGAAUCAACAAAGGUAUGUUUUGCCGUUAGUUGUUCCCUGUAUAGUUUAAUCGCUUUACUUGUAAUUAACUGAGACAUAACAUGAUAUGCAAAACUACGCCGUGAACUUGUGUGACAUGGCGUUUAGGCAAAAGGGCAACACAGAACAAAAUCUAGCUAGCUAGCUUGCUAACUCGUAACGAGACCUUACAACUUGCCUUCGUUCUCUGCUCUCGGUUGGUCACUACGCCAGAGCUUAGACUGCUGUUAUAUAGUAAAACAUAAUGCUUUAAAAAAAUAAUAACAUUUAUAAUGCUUCACUGUGAUUAAAAUGUUGCGUUCAAGAAGCUCUGAUUUUAUACAUGAAUGAGACAAACAUUUCUUAACGUACGACUCGUUAUGGUCUGUUUAUGUACAACCUACAUCACAGUUACAUCCACAGGUAAGUUAACCAAACCUUUUACUGUUUAACGGUGUAUUUUAGAAAAAUAAAAAUCCCCGAUAAUAAUGUUAUGUUAUGUGUCGUGCUGUUAGCAAACUGACUAGCUAACGCUAGCUAGCUACCUACGUAGCUAAAGUUAAGCCAAAGAGACAAAUCUCUAAAGCCUAUGGAGAAGUCUGGUGAAGGAAUAUUUUAAGGUAUGCAUUUGUUGCUGAAAACAAAUGCAAAUAAGUCGGUCUGCUCCAAACAUUUAACAUUAAAACAUGGGCAAGUCAACCCCGUUUUUGCUCUUCUUGCCUCCUCCAUUGCUGAUGCUACCACGUUAUAAAUUAGCCAUAUCAUUUGAAUUAGUUUUAUAGUAAAAGGGGCAUUCUGGCCUAAACCCAGCAUUUAUUAUUAUCUGUCGUGUUACGUAGUUAGGGCUAACAUUCUGCAGCGAUGCAGCCUGAUGAGUUUGACGGUUUCACGAUUUUUUAUCCUCUUUGCGUUGUUCUCUCAAUACGAUACCCAGAAUGCAGUGCGUGUAUACCUGCAUUCUUUCACUCAAGAAACAGGCCUCAUUCGGACAUUUCUAUUAAAUGCUUAUGUCGAGCGCUUUAUACAUACAUACAUUCAUCACUUCACGUCUUUUAACUUACUGCAACGCUCUUCUCACUUGUGUACUAUCUCGCUUUCUAAAUAAAUAGCAGCUGCUCGGUUACUUAACGUUAACGUUACAUCAGCCCGUCUGCGUCAUCGUGUUACACCUAUACUCAAAGAUUUGUGCUGGUUACCUGUAUCACAUCGAAUUACUUACAAGCUAUUACUGCUCACAUCCUCUGCUGCUCCGCGCCUGUGGAAUCAGCUCUCACAUCCGAACAGCAGACAGUCUGAACUUUUACAAAUCUUAAAACUCACCUCUUUGGGGACGCGUAUUGUUGCUAAUUUGCCCUUACGUGUAGUUUUUAUUAUUAUUGAAUGUAAUUAGUUUAUUUUUACUUAUUUAUUGUCUUUGUUAUUUUAUGUGCUUUAAUCAUUUGACUUCCGUUUACUAUCAAAUUUAAUAUCAUUUUCUGAACGUUUACUUGUGUGUUUAACAUAUAGUUCUUUUCUUUGUUUUUUAGUUAAUGAUUAAGUGCUUCACACUUUCGGAGAAGGUGCUAUAUAAAUUAAAUUUUUAGCAGUAACCUCACCUAUCUGGCUUCCUUCAAUGUGUUAGGAAGCCAGUGGGGGACAGAAAACACACUCAUGUGUCUGCCCCGAAACACCUGUACUUUUUUGCAAAAGUUCCUCGCACCUUCAAGUUACAUCAUCUGAGGGGGGCGUUGCUAGCCUUUAAACCAGGAAAUCUCACUCUCAAGACUAUUGUGGGUCCACUCAUUUUGACCAGAUUGCCCUUUUAAAGUUACAAACAUUACCAUGGCAACGGCCUGGUACAUAUAAUUCUAGACACUGUCGUUAGACGCCAUUUCUUUGUGUGAAUCCAAGUACUCCGUAAUUCAAUUACUUGGAAGACAGCGGGCAUCUAAAAUGCAACACACCUUUCUGUUGUCAGAAUUUCAUUAAUCCUUCCUCAAACCACAGAAGAGGAAAUCUGAAUUUGUUUCCCAAAUGUAAGUUGCAUCUUCUCUGCUGACGACACGUCUUAAAAUUUUGCAUGAGAACCGGAAACCACGUCUAGCUAGCAGUGCAACCUGUUCACCAACAAAAACCCUGUUCAGAUUCAUGUGGUGUGAAUGAAUGAUAUACAUCAGCUUGAGUGAUUGUGUCUUACUGAUCUUUGAAGGUAAGUCCUAUUUAGUUGACCCCUUCCUUGGACAAACACAAGAGAGGCCUUGACUGCACAUAUAUGGCUUUCUCCUCAUCUACAACCUUUAUCGACAGGUGGAUGAGAGUCUGCUACUCCUCUUCAAUGGUCUUCAACUCCUCUCCCUUGAAAACUGCAGCACCAGCACUCUGUUUCAUCUGACAUCGUUUUUAGACCUUAGACUUGCCGACAUGUCUAACAACUACUCCUACAGAAGCUCACCUGAUGAUUAUAGAUCACGUCAAGACAUGUAUCCGGAUUCGUACCAGCGGGAGUCAGAUGUUUACCGGCCGAGAACUAGAUCAGCAUCUCAGGAGACGAUUCACUCAGCAGCAUCUUCCAGCAGACCUGUGGACUCUUCUGCUCUUGUACCUGGAAAGGCUCUGUCCUUUCUCCAGAGCUGUGGACUGGAUGCGAGUGACCUCUCCCUGCUUGCAGAACUUCCUGAGCAUCUCAUUACAGUUGAAACACUUCCCAAACUACUUUUACAGCUCAAAGAAAGUAAAUUGUCCAGCACUUCUUCAUCUAGGUCCAGCACCACUCAGCCUUGUGCCAAAACUUCAUCUCAUGCUUAUGAAAGCAGCACCCAUGUCCAAGCUGUUGGUUAUCCGUUAGAUCGGUCUGCGCGUCCAUCACACCCACUUCCUCCAGAGCAAGUACAAAGCUGGCAAGACCGUUGGGGGAACCCUCGAAAAACUGGCUCUGCAAUGAACUCUAGCACUACCUUGGGCACUGAGAGUAAAACAAGCACCGUUGUGGACUACAACCACUCCAGGGAUGGACUCUCCUAUUAUAAUGAACAGCCUUACACCUCUGCAGCGUCAAACACGUCUUCAACUGUUUCACACUCUUACACUGAUUACAGCAAAGGCCCCAGGCAGAAUUCUGAGCCUUCACAUGUUAUUUCAGCAGGCCCUGUUUUUAAAGUGCCUACCAGAAAGGAGGCCUCAGACUUCCAUGGCAUACUUCCUCCAGUUUUUCCUUACGCAUGUGUUCUCUGCGACAUUACUGUCUUGACUGAGAAGGACUGGUCAGUGCACAUUAGAGGGGCUCAGCAUGCUAACAAUCAGCUCAAACUUGUGAAAAAGUAUCCGGAGUGGGAUCAGAAUGUUGAAUCUGCUAAAAGGAAUGCGCACCAAGCAACGCAGCAGCCCAGAUCCACCAAGGCAAACGAUCCGUAUCAAAAUGUUCCUAGUAGGAAGGAAGCCUCAGACGUCCAAGGCAGAACUCCUUCAGUAUUUCCCGUCCCUUCUGAAAAAAAGGACUGGUCAGGGCACGUUAGGAGCACUCAGCAUGAUAACAGCCAGCUCAAGCUUGUGGAAAAGUACCCAGCAUGGGACCGGAACAUUGAUUCCACUAGAAGGAAUGAGAGCCAGGUGACAACACAAGCCAAAGUCUUUGAGAAUCGAGAACCACGUUAUAAGACUCCUACCAGGAAAGAGGCCUCAGACUUCCGUGGCAAAGUUCCUCCAGUAUUUCCUUACGCAUGUGUUCUUUGUGACAUUACUGUCCUUUCUGAAAAAGACUGGUCAGUGCACACUAGAGGUGCUCACCAUGCUAACGGUCAGCUCAGGCUUGUGGAAAGGUAUCCACAGUGGGAUCAGAAGAUCAAAUCGUCUAGAAGGAAUGAGGCCCAGGUGAUAUCACAGGCCACAUCCACAGAGACAAAAGAAGGUGGAUCCCAAAAGGAGAGCAAAAAAAAGAAUACUUCAGACAAGGCAAAAACAUCCAACACAAAGACACCACCAAAAGAUCAUGGAAGAGUGGUCUGUGUUACGUUUGCAGCCAGUUCAGUGAAUGAAGAAUACUUGAAAAAAUUGCUUGGACAGUUUGGAGCAGUUGUGAAAGUCAUGAUGUUCCCUGCACUGGCUUUGGUGGAAAUGGGAUCAAAAGACCAGUCAGAGGAUAUAGUGAAGUACUUCACUGAUAAUCCAUUGGCUGUUGAAGGAAAACGAAUAGAAUUUUCCAUCUCUACUACAUUCAGUUUUCUUCAGAGUUCCCGAGUUGUGAGCUUCUCCCCGUUACCUGCUGGAGAUGGGACUACUUCCGAGUUGAUGGCCAUUGCUAAACGUUUUGGAUCUGUAAAAACCUCCUUGUUCCUGCCAAGCCGGGGCUAUGUGGAAAUGACUGAUCCAGCAGAUGCAAAGAAAUUGGUUGAACACUAUGUAACAAAGCCACUCAAAUUAAAAGGAAAAGCAAUUCAAGUCACCUUUUCCACUGAAUAUGACACGCUAAUAGACUUACAAGUUGAUGAGAAAACACGAUCACUGAGCUCUUACUCACAGGGGAAGUCUAGCCCAAGAAGACGCAGUUCUCAAAGGGAUAGUCCGAGCCCCAAGAGAAGACGCUCGUCAGAGAGAAGACGCUCGUCAGAGGGAAACCACUCUUCUAGGAGCUCCAGAUCAAAUGAGCGAGAUGACAGACAGUGCUCCAAGGAAAAAUCAAAGACUUCAUCAAAGAAGUCAACCGUUUCCUCACAUUCUUCUACUAACGAUGAAACUACAAAGCCACAAAAUGAGGACGAUGAAGUUAAGAUAAGUGUCAACAGUGACACUGUUGCAAGCAUGGAUUCAGACAGUGACCUUGAAGGGCUAGCAGUUAUAGCAGAUGAUGGGGAAGAAUUGCAGCAUGAUGAUGAUGAGCCCAUAGAUGACCAGAAGAUGGACCAAGAACAGAAGACAUGUGAAGAAGUUGCUCAGCAAGAUGAUCAGACAUCCAGUACCUCAGCAGCUAUGCCUAAACAGGAUGCAUUUUCUGGUGGGGAAGAAGUGAAGCGUUUGACCAGACAAAGCCAGGAGAAUUCGCCUUCAGGGGCAGUGAGCAUUCCAAGUGUUCAUUCAGGUGUUAAAGUAGAGACUUUAGAAGAUGCUUCAAAGACAUCAGGUAGUCUGAAGAAGGACCAAAAGCCAGAAGAGCAAAAAGAUGAAGUCCUGGAUAUAGAGGAGGAGGACUUUGACUUCCCAGAAAGUCUUGAGAACUGCAUCACCUUGGAUGAACUUGUGGAGGAAACAUCUUCAGAUUAUCAAGAAUCAAACGAACAAAACCCUCCAACUCCGACAACUGAGGAUAUACUGGAUGAAGAACCCAAAACCAUAAAUCCCCCACAUCCUUCCUCCUGUAUGGACUCUGAAGAAAACAAUAAACAGUCAGAAUCACCUAACGAAGAAAGCACCGACAGUACAGCUGCCGAGACUAAGGCCUCAGAGCAUGAACCGGUAAAUACAGAUGACCAGUGUUUGGAGCAACAGGACAGAGAGAAAGACACAAAUGGCAUCAAGGAAGAGUUUGGGAAAGUCCUUGAUGUCAGAAAUCUUCCAAAGGCUGAAGACUACACAGAUUCGGAUUUUAUUAACAUUGCAAAGCGAUAUGGAGAAGUAAAGCACCACCUGUUGAUUCGCGAUUGUGGAAAGGGCUUUGUUGAGAUGGUGCAUGCCUCUGAUGCUGAGAGAAUUGCUGCUGAUUCAAAAAAUCAAGAUGUUGCAUUGCGUGGUAACGUCUUGAAGAUUAAAGUCUCUGAGAAAUACAGCAGUUUACCAACAGCAGGAUUCAACCCCGAUUCUGAUUCUGACGAUGAGGAAAAUACUAAAAGAGCAAACUCUAAGGAGUCCACCGAUGAUAACCAGAGUGUUGCUGGAGCUGACACUUUGACUGAGUCUGAAAAACCAAAUGAGCCAGUGGGCACAGAGUUUGUCCGUCCUGUAGUGGGCUACUUCUGUAACCUGUGCAAUGUUAUCUAUGCCAGUGAAGAGGAGGCAAAAGAUGAGCACUGUAGGAGCCCCUCACACCACGAGAAACUGAAGGAGCACAAGAAGAAGAAGAGUGCCUCAGCAUGAAGGUUACAUUGCUCAGUGGAAAUAAAUGUAAUGUGUACGUAAGCACUGUAUACACUGAAGGCAGCUUUUGCUCCUUGAUGUGGUUUUACACUACUUUGCAAAAGGAAGUCACCUCCCCUGUUUUCCUGAGUAGUGCAGGAAAAAUGGACCUUCCCCUGUUUCUCCAGUGUCAGCCUUCUGUUAUGUACUUUCUUAUAAUUCCUCUGUGAGAUUUUGUUCUUUUAUUUUUUUUUAUUUUUGAAAGAAUUAAUAGAAAUUUUUGCUUGGUGUAUUUUGGAGACCUGUCAGCUGAGUUAAGCUCAAAAAAUAUUGUUGAUGUGUUGUUUAAAUAACAAAAUAAAGUGACAGUGACAUACA